GAAUUGUCAAAGAUCAAAGGUAAUGAAUGUGAUUGGGUGAAUGAAGGUAUCAUCAUGAUUUCUUGGAUUGGUGCACAAUCAAUUCAAUCUACGGUCUUGGGGGUUCAAAUCCGUGUUCAAUAUUAUGAUACUGGAUCACAUUCAUGGGAUGUGUUUCUAGUUGCUCCUUCACCAGGCCUAGAAAAUAGGUCUAAAUAUAUAGCACAGGUUUUUUCAUCCCCACCUGAAAAUAGUACCAUGAUCUUGUCUGGUAACAGAACUAUCCCAGAAAAGAAUACUCUAGAUAUUGAAAGAAUUACAAAUAGUCUUGACAAUCAUACCACGUUCAUGAUUAGGAACAUUCUGAACAAGUAUACUCAGCAAAUGCUGUUGGAUUGGCUUGACAAAACCUAUUGCGGUCAAUACGAUUUCGUCUACUUGC